GACUUGGGGCAGGACGGACGGGCAGGGUGCGGUCUGCUCCAGUGCCAUCUGAACUCUCCCGCUCUGUUGCCCGUUUUCACUGAGAGCCGCGCGCGCCACAGGGCGGCAUUCAGAGCCAAGCCACGGAGGGGACACCCUGUAACCGCAGCGCAAAAAGCGCAGCGCAGAGCGCUCCGUCUGCGCGCGCUCCUCUCCGCCGCAGCGCCCUUCAGCGCGCGUGCCAAAACAAACGGAAAGUGGCUAUUUAUUCUACGACUGAGAGAAAAAGAGAAAGAGAGCGAGAGAGCGCGAGAAAGAGCUGCAGAGAAGCGAGACCAGCACCGUAUAGCGCUGCACGCGCCCCAGAACACCGGGCGCUUCUGUCCGGUAUAGAAAGCAGAUGAUAAAGAUGAAGAUGAUGAUGAUUAUUAUAAGGAUGCCCUUCUCAACGCGACCCCCUCCCCUCAAGUGACCCUUGGGCGCGCGGGGAAAAUAAGCCACGACCCCCGGGGGAGGAAGAGCAACUUAUUCGGCACCGCGCGCGCUGUGGAGUGAUGCGGCCCUCCUCCGCGCGCGUGCCGCUGCUCAUCGCCUGCGUCCUGUUGCUCGCCUCGGCGGGCGCGUGCUGCGGGCCGGGCAAAGGCUACGGUAAAAGGAGGCACCCCAGAAAGCUCGCGCCCUUGGCUUACAAACAGUUCAGCCCCAACGUGGCCGAGAAGACUCUGGGCGCGAGCGGGAGAUACGAGGGCAAGAUCACGCGCAGCUCAGAUCGCUUCAAAGAGCUGACCGCCAAUUACAACCCGGACAUCAUCUUCAAAGACGAGGAGAACACAGGUGCGGACCGGAUGAUGACGCAGCGCUGUAAGGAUAAGCUAAACUCUCUGGCCAUCUCAGUGAUGAACCUAUGGCCAGGUGUGCGUCUCCGGGUGACGGAGGGGUGGGACGAGGACGGCCAUCACUCUGAGGAGUCUCUGCACUACGAGGGCAGGGCGGUGGACAUCACUACUUCAGACCGGGACCGUAAUAAAUAUGCCAUGCUGGCUCGGCUGGCCGUAGAGGCCGGCUUUGACUGGGUGUAUUACGAGUCCAAAGGCCAUAUUCACUGCAGUGUUAAGUCAGAGCACUCAGCGGCAGCUAAGACGGGGGGUUGCUUCCCAGGACGGGCGUGGGUGAUGCUGGAAAGUGGGGGUCGGAAAGCGAUGCGUGACCUGCAGGCUGGUGAUCGAGUCCUGGUGUCAAAAGAGUCAAAAGAGAGCAGGAACCUUCUCUAUAGUGAGGUCCUCACCUUCCUGGACCGAGACCCCAUGACCAGAAAGCUCUUCUAUGUGAUCAGCACAGAGGAUGGAGAGAGUCUCUCACUGACUGCAGCACAUCUGCUGUUUGUGUGGGAGGGGAACUGCACUGGCGAGGCCUUGUCCUCUGAAGGGACGAUUAGGACGAUAUUCGCCAGCGACGCCUCCCCAGGACAGUGUGUUCUGACUGUAGAGGGAGAGAAAGAUGGGCUAUUGAAGGAGCGUCUCUCUCGCAUCUCCAGGCUCCGUAUUUGGGAGGAUAGUGGGGCAUACGCCCCUCUUACUGCCCAGGGAACCCUGCUGGUGAAUGGGGUGAUGACUUCAUGCUAUGCUGCAGUAGAGAAACACCAGCUGGCUCACUGGGUCUUUGGCCCACUUCGCAUGCUGCACAGCUGGACCGGGCCAAGCCCAGUUCAGGGAAAAGGACUACACUGGUACGCUCGUGCCCUGCACUGGGUGGGGAAAGUGUUGCUGGACUCUGAACUCGUUCACCCCUGGGCCAUGGAGGAUACUGAUAGAUGAAUCAUGGAACGUGUGGAGGACAGAAAUGGAAAAGUAAAAGAAAAAAUGGGGAAAUUGAAUGAAUGGGGUCUAAAAAGCUGUCUGAGAGCAAGAAGAUCACCAGAGACAAUAGGAUAAGAUUAGGCCUGUCACUAUAACUAAAUUUUAUAUACAUUUAUUUAUUUUGUUGCAUAUAUUGUAUAGUCGCAGAAAUACUCAAAGAAAUAGUUGCAAAAUAGUUAUACACAGAUGGGCUCCUGGUUGCACGACCUUAUUAAUGUAAGGUUGGCUUUCAAAGUGCCUAUAUGAAAUUGCAUUCCACACCACGACACCUGCCCUCCGCACAUCAUUUUUCUGGGUGAAUCUAUUUUAUUUAUUUUUUUUGACGAUGAGUGUAAUUGCAGUAAACAAUAUUAUUGUUUUGUCAUUUUAAGCCACUGAUAAAGCUUUAAUAUAAAAGCAUAACAAUACAAUUAUAUACUUAAAAAAUAGUAAAUUUUUGUAUUAUUAAGAAUAAUAAUUGGAAUUGCAAUAUGAAAAUAAAACAUAGCUUAUCAGCCAAUGGUAUGUUUUUCCUGGAUGACCAGCUUUCCCAUUAACUACUAUGACCAUCAAGGCCAGUUUAGACCAUCUCAUAUCAGCAAUCUGCAAAAAGAGUUGUAUUUUUCAUCAGAUAUAAACCACUUUUUGGAAUUAUUCAACUUUAAUUUUUAUUAUUUGUUUAAAUUGUGCAAUAUAAUGGUAAGUUCACAUCAGGACAACAGAUGCUGUCUAGCUUUUUGCAUGUCUUCUGAUCGUGUAUAGCAGAGGAGACACACAAUGAGCUACAGUUAGAGGUCAUUAUAUAUAAAUACAUCCUUCCUGUUUCAAGCACGCAAGCACAAACCAGUGUCUGCUAGCUGCAGGUUGUUCAAUUGUACCUUUAACCGACUGUCCAGAAAGAGAUGUUAUGAAUGUGUGGCUUAAAUCUCCUAUAAUCAAUUAAAAACUCUUUUUAACUUUCUUAACUUUUUUUUCAAUUCAGAAAGAGGCUGCAUGAGGUCAUAUUCUUUUGAAUUUAGCACCAAUUAUGCAAUCUGUAAUCUAAAUUGCAUUGUUAAUUGUUAAUUGCAUUGUUCAGGCCUCCUGGGCUGUCCAAUUUUUUUACUUGAUGUGAAAACCGGGAAACCUAGCUUAGCCUGAGAAGUUUUUGUGUUAUUGCAUUCAUUUUUAUGUGGAUUUUUGUUAAUAUUUAAUUACCCUAGAUACAAAAUGUUGUUAUCAAAAUGUUGUUACCUUUAGCCCUUAAAAGAAUAAAAAAAAUAGAUUAUUAUAUUUAGAACACCUCAGACUAUAUAAAAAUCAUAUAUAUAUAUUUUUUCUUCACAAUUUUUCAUUGCAAGCUUCAUAGAAGGGUGGACAGUGACAGGGUGGACAAUUUUAGCGAAUUUCAAGAAAAAUGAAAAGGUAAAAAUUCUCUAAAUUUUCUGAUUUGUCCAUUUUUGUAUCUUGUUACAUAUAUCUGAUGGUAUAAUCAAACUUGCAAAAUGCA